ACAUCACUUUCAUUGCAAGUCACGGUCAACUCAAAAGUCAACAGAGAGGCCCCUCCUCUCUUCUUUUAUUCACUUGAACCAUUCUCACAACGCUAAAUCCUCACUGCUUUCAUUUUCGCCCCUACCUCCCACUCUCUACCAUGUCUGCUCCAGAAGACUGCGGCAAGCACGGCCACAAACGCCGUGAACUCUUCCGCCGAAUCUUCGCCGGCAUCCUCAUCUUCCUUUUGAUCGCUCUCAUCACCAUCCUCCUCGUCUGGGCUAUUCUCCGCCCCACCAAACCAAAAUUCGUCAUCCAAGAUGCCACCGUCUAUGCCUUCAACGUCUCUUCUCCCAACUUACUCACCUCCAACUUCCAGGUCACCAUCUCCUCGCGCAAUCCUAACGACAAAAUCGGCAUUUAUUACGACAGGCUAGACAUUUACGCCGUUUAUCGCCAGCAACAAAUCACCUACAGGACAGAGAUUCCUCCCACUUAUCAGGGACACAACGAAAUCAACAUCUGGUCGCCGUUUGUUUACGGCACCGACGUGCCGGUGGCGCCGUACAAUGCUCUUUUGUUGAGCCAAGAUGCAGAUACUGGGUUUAUUCCUUUGAUGUUCAAGAUUGAUGGGCGGGUGAGAUGGAAAGUUGGGACCUUUACAACGGGGAAGUAUCAUUUACAUGUUACGUGCCCUGCGCAAAUCAGUUUCGGUCCGAAGCAAAAUGGGAUCCCCCUCGGAAAUAACGCCUUUAAGUAUCAGCUGGUGCGGAGUUGCAGUGUCAGUGUCUGAAGAAGAGUGGAGAGCUUGAAGAAGAAGACGACUAUAAUUAACGCCGUUACAAUAUCGUUAUGCCUUUUCUCUCUAGCAAGUAAGCCGUUUAGUUUUUAUUAUAUUUUUAAUAUGUAAUUUUCCUUUUUUUACAGAGAGUUGAAUUGUAAAAUUUGCUGUAGAGCAAUACAUGGAGCGAAAUCACAAUUUGGGAAAGAUGUAAUUUAGAAGAAGAAAAGUUAAAUAAGAAAUUAUAAAUAAUUAGUGGUUUUCAAUA